CAAUCAAAAAUCAAAGAUAAAUUUCUAACACCUUUUCUUUUAUCUCGUUCUUUUGAUCGGAGACGCUGUCCGUGAAGGUUUGGUGCAGUCUUACAGGAAACUCUCUCACCUCGGCUCAUCAAUGCCUGAUGAAGAUCACGAAAUCCAAGCUUCUUCACAGCAUUAUGUGUACUUGAUAGCUGCCGUGGAAUUAAGAAUUGUGCUUACAGGUUUUCAUGGACGGUUUGAUGAUUGAGCUAUUUUGCUGUGGCUGUUUGGGGUGCAGUGGUUCUCCAGUAGAGGUGUUGGAAUGGAGCUUGUGCAGACUUGUUGUUUAAUGUAAUCGUAUUGGCUUCAGUGUGCCCACCAGGGGGCAAGUUCCUGGUUUUACCGUUUGAGCAAAUUGGCAACAUCGAAAGCUUAUGCCGCUGACGUCAUUUCUGUUACGGCUGCUGUGCUGCCAGUUUCGGUGUUCGUGGUCAGUCAAUCUGUCAACUUUAACAUUGUUCUUCACAAAUAUCCUCAAGGUUUCCAAAGUCGGUAUUAGUUUAUUUUGGUGGCUUUAUUUGGUCUGCAGUUCAUGUUCGGGUGGUUUUGUUGCAGCCAGUUAUUGGAAGGGAGUUCCAUGUCAAAUUGAGCUGCAGGUUUUGGAAGCUAUCUACAUUGCUGGUGUCAUCCUGAAGUGGAACAGAAAUGCAGUCGUCUUGGCAUCUUGCAAUGGACUUAUGACGAUCUAUCAACCUGCUGCAUGCAGUUCAUGCUGCUGGUGUUCUCCAGAAAUUUUAAGUAAGUCUUGGAACUUAGCUGCAGGAAUAUUUGUAGAAAUGUUCAACUCGAAACUCACGCAGGCGAUAAGUGACCAGAUAAAUUUUGGUGAAAGUGAUUUGCAUUAGAAAAACUGUGGUAAUCCUAGAUGAAAUUACCUCAACCCUGAUAAGGUCAUAACUUAUUGUUUGUGUAUUAAAGUCAAACCUGUUAUAUUUUUGUUUUAUUUGUAAAUUUAUUAUCGAAAUCUUUUUUACAUUAUGUUGAAUGUUGCAAUAAAU